CACCUCAUCAACAUCGACCAUUGCCAUUACCGUUGCCGUCGUCAUUCCAACCCACGCGGUGGACAGAGGCCAUGGCCGCACCGACGACCCUGCCGGCCCUUCUGGGCUCUCUGACUCAGUCGCUGUCGCUCGCCCAAGAAGCGACCCCGAAGAUCGCCGAGAUCGAGCACCCCAAGGACGGCAUUUCCCUACUAGACGUCAAGAACGAGCUGCUGCUCUCCUACCUCCAGAAUCUCGUCUUUCUCAUCCUUCUCAAGCUACGCAAUGCCAAGUCGGCCGCGGGCAGCACCGAUCUGGAUGACUCCGUCCGUGCUAAGCUCGUCGAGCUACGCCUCUACCUGGAGAAGGGGGCGCGGCCCCUCGAAGAGAAGCUACGCUUUUCCAUUGAGCGCUUUUUGCGGACCGCCGAGGACACACAGCGCGAUCAGCAGAUGAAUGGCAAGAAAACCUCGAAAGGGGCUCACUCAGGUUCAGAGUCCGGGUCGGACGACGAGGACGAAGACGACUCCGACGAGGGGGAUAAUGAUGCCGCCCAGGACCGCCGACCCAGCCACUCACGCCGCCCUGGCCGAGCAGCCGCACCCAACCUCCAUACUCUCGUCGACGACGUGACGGCCCGCCCGACUGAGCGCGACGAUGGCCCCUCGGGCAUCUACCGGCCACCGAAGCGCGACCGCGCGGUCAUGGAGACUACUCGCGCGCGCGACAAGUCCGACGGCCGCCGGCCACAGCGCUCUCACACCAUGGAGGAGUUUGUCAACUCGGAGCUGUCCGCCGCGCCCAUGGUCGAGCCUAGUAUUGGUACGACCAUCGUCCAGGGCGGACGCAAGAUGAAGACGGCGCAGGAGCGCAAGGACGAGGACGAGCGCCGCGAGUACGAAGAGACCAAUCUCGUGCGCCUCCCCAAGCUCAGCAAGAAGGACCGCGCAAAGAAGAACAAGGAGGCCGGUCGCAGUGCCCGUAUGCAAUUCGGCGGCGAGGAGUGGCGCGAUCUUGGCGAGGGCGUCGACCGCAUCGACCGCCUCACCAAGCGCAAGGGGCCCGCUGGCGGCAGCGUACGCGCCCUGCUCGACAAGAGUCGCAAGCGCGGCUUCGACACGUCCGACGGGCCGAGGGGCAGCGGCCAUGGCCCGGAGAUUGGGGAGCGGUUCCAGAAGAAGGUCAGGGUCAUGGAAGGCGGCCGGCGGGACAGGGGAAAGCGGAGGUAGAUCCUGCGGCCUACAUCGCCCCAAUACAACAUCUAUGCAUCAAAACGUGCCUGCCU